AUGACAGUUGAAAGAUCACUGGGGGAGCACGAGGGGAGUCGCAGGAUGAAGACGGAGCUGCUGGUGCAGAUGGACGGCCUGGCCCGGUCAGAGGACCUCGUGUUUGUUCUGGCUGCCUCCAACCUGCCCUGGGAGCUGGACCACGCCAUGCUGCGGAGGUUAGAGAAGAGGAUUCUGGUUGGUCUGCCCUCCUCGCCAGCUCGCCAAGCCAUGGUCUCUCAUUGGCUGCCUCCUCUCAGCUGCACAGGAGGGGUGGAGCUACGCACUGAGCUGGACUAUGAGACUCUGGCCAAGGGGAUGGAGGGUUACUCUGGCUCUGAUGUGAAGCUGGUGUGUAAGGAGUCCGCCAUGAGACCAGUGCGCAAGAUCUUUGAUGCUCUGGAGUCACAUCAGGACGGAGGCAGCAACAUGCCAGUCAUCCAGCUGGAAACCGUGACAACAGCUGACUUCCUGGAGGUCCUCACACACACCAAACCCUCGGCCCGAAACCUGAUGGACAGAUACACGGCCUGGGACAGAGAGUACAAGUCUGUCUGACACACAAACACUUUUAUACUAA